AUGGAGGAAAGGUUAAACGAAGGGGAGGAAAUCUUUACGCAUAGUGGGCAAGAGAUGCAUCCAAGUGUGAGAAGAAAAGGACAAAACAUUUACGAAUCCACAAGCUUUGACAAAAAAUCCCUAAAUUUUAACAAGCACAUGGCGCAUGCAAAUUAUCCCUUUUUAUUACACCCAGGUGAUAAAGGAGGCAGUCGUGAGUGGCAUUUGCAGAAUGCUCCUUAUGUCAACUUAGCAAGUGCGUAUGACCCCACCACGGGGCUCAGCAUAAGGCACCCCAAUGGCGACAGGCAAAGUGAAAUACGCCCAAGUAACGGAGAGCGUUGCAUGAAGAAGCAGAUCAGUAACAUCCCCAUGAGUAAUACCUCCAAGAGUAAUACCGGCAUGAAUAACCCCCCUAUGAAUAACCCGCCUAUGAGUAACCCCCCCGUGAAUACAUCCAACAUGACAGUAACAAACGGGGGGGGGUUGAACCCAAACGAUGGCAACUUGUACGCUUCCAUGUACAGUGGAGGAAUUCCCCAAAAAAAGGAAAGGCAAAAAAGUUAUGUGGGUGAAGACAAAAACUGGAGCAGUAAAGGAGGCUCCCUGAUCCCUAUAAGAAAAAAUCUCAGUGCUGCAAUUUUUUACCGAAACGGCCAGCACAUCGAUAUUGAUAGAAUGAAAAAUGCCACACUUGGGAGGUUCUUUACACCAAAUAGCAAUGCGCAGUAUGGUGAGGCAGACAAUUUGAUGAUCCACCAGAGUCUCAUAAACCAUGUUCAGCAGGAUGGUCAUGUUGGAGAGAAAGCUGAGGUGUAUACUCUUCUUCCUCGAGAUAACAACAGCUGUGAUUGUUUAACAUCUGUGCUUAGUAACGUCCCGGAGGGGUACAUUCAAAAUGUCCCAGCCAACUACCAAAUGGAGUGGAGGUGCAGUAACGAAUGGGGUGGGACCCAAACGCAGGGUGUCGCACCAAGUGGAAACAACCCCAACGCACAGAGUAACGGCAUUUCCCAUCUGAAUAGCAGUACCACCUCUCUUCCACAUAAUCGUUGUGCUUGUCCUAAUUUCCAGUUUGACAAGAAUGGCAAUAGCAACCUCUGUGGCAACCGCGGUCACCUUCACAGUGAUGUACACUUUAGUAACCACCCAACUGGCAAUUUAGUGUACCAUCCGGAUGGUUCCCAUAUCGCCAGUAGGACUGACUCAAUCCAUCUGAACAGGGACAUGAGGAAACUCCCAGCGAGUGAACACUUGCAUGUAAUUCCCCAAAAGGGUUGUUCAGGGAGCAAUUGUAGCUUCCACGUUACUGGUGAGGGGAUUAAUCAGAUGAAUCAUCCGAACCGUACAAAGUCACUGUUCGCAGAUCAAUGGAGUAAUGAGGAACUUCUCACCAAACGAGGGAACACGUCAACCUCAAACUAUAGGAUUAGGAGGAAGGGGGACAGUCCGCAUGGUGGUGAAUCGUACGAAAUGGGUGGCAGUGAGUAUGAACCGAGUGGGCAGCGCCAUCUGCAGGAAAGGCAGCACAAUUUGGUUAGUAGUGAGGGGUGCAUGUACCCUAAUGGAUUCCAGGUACAGACCCAGUUAAACCCAAAUGGAACCCUUCUAAUGAGUACUUGUGGUAGUUUCCCCAUUAAAGCUGCCAUUCCGGAAGACGGUAAUUUUAGCGCACAUAUGGGCAGCAGUAGGGAUUGCCAACCACUAAGCCCUCAGCAGGGGACAAUCCAAUUGGAGAAACAAAUGGCAAACUGUGCAGUUGCACGGAACGAUAACACGUAUAGCAGAAUGAAGAACCCGUCAACGUUGAACCCAAUUGUACAUGCAAAUGAGUUCACUCCAAUAAUCUCAGACAAUAUGAUCGGCAGUUCGUAUUCCUCCUUUGUAAAUAAUCCAGUGCAGAAUUGGCCACAUUUGGGCGAGGAAAAGUUCUUUCCCCCCAAGGGCAACUACUGCGUGAGCAGUAUAGAAAGUUCAUCCCCAUUAAAUGCCAACCAGAUGGGAGAUUCCACCGGAUUCAUAAAAAUGUAUAAUAAUAGUAAUACUUCUGGUGAAGACACUGAGGUUUCUGCCUAUGUGAAUAACUUGACCGGUGUGUAUGACAUGGCGCAGCGAAGCAUAAGUAGCAGCUCACGGCAGCUCAGCUUGUUGGAUGUGCCGAACGAGGUGAACAAUGAGCAGGAAGAAACUCUGCAGCGACAAAGGAUGUACGACUUGUAUGUGCAGUCGCUGUUGAAUGGGGCGAGUGGAGUUAUAAGCGGCGAUGGGAUUAUAAGCUCCGGUGGAGUAACCAACCCGAAUGCGCAGCUGGGGGAAAAGAACGACCAGUUAAUAUUAUUCAAUUUAAAAAACCUGCGCAAUAAAAUCACGAAGAAGGCCCCCCAAAUGACCAACAAUUAUCUGUCCUACUUAGAUCAUUACAUCGCCUCCCUACGGCUGCUUUACAACAAACUACUCAGCAACAGAAAUCUGAUAUUCAUCCUGGCGAAGGAAGUAUUUGCACCAAAAAAAAAAAGAGAUAAAAAAACAUACAAUGACGAUAACGAGUCCACAUUUGAGAGUAAGCAUUUAUAUGUACAAGAAUUGUUAGCAGCUCUGCUUCCCCAACCACCUGUCUUCCCUCCAUUCGAAAUAUGGAUCUACAUGGGAAAGAGAAAUGCCAGCCAACUGCACAAACUUCAUCUAACAAUAUACAUAAUAUACCAGAAGAUUAUUUGCAACAUAUCAAACAUCCUUUUAAAAAUAAACAACGACAUGGUGAGCUAUACAAGUAAGAGUAAAUUUAGCAAACGCAAUGGGACGGACUCGCUUAAUGAUUAUGUGAAUGACAAUGGGGACGGGUUGAAGCGGACUGGUUGCCCCUUCUUAAGUGCUACAAAGGAGGGAGAAGCUCCCUUUGGGGGACCCAACAGAAGUGAGUACGUGGCCAAGAGGGGAGUCCAGGACAGGCAAGGGGCUGUCGACGUGGAGGAUGUGGACUAUCUGAUCGAAGAAGAUGACGCGGUUGAAGCGGUUCAUUCGAUUGACGCGCCCGACUCAGUUUCUGCCGUUCGCGCGGCGGACGACGCGGUGUGCAUCCCCGUGAAGUCAGAGCGUGCGACGAGUUAUAGCAGCCGCCCUGCCCACACCAAUGAAGACGAACCCAAUCUUCAUAAAGGAGACAUCCCCAGAAAAUGCUUAUUCCGAAUUGACGAGAAGUUAGCCAUUAUGAUGACUUCAAUUGAUAACAUAAGAAAAAUGAUGAACUCAGCAGAAGGGGGAAGAAGCAAUAGUAGUAAGGACCCGUCAGUGAACUCCCCAAAUGGGGAAAGCAAAGCGACCGACGUGAUGGCGCCGAAGUUGGACCAUGUAGGCGAAGACGGGGAUAAUAACAUCCAACAGGAUGACAAAAGUGGCAUUGGAGAAGAAGACAGGAUCGGUAAACAUACGAAUCGUAUAAGUAAAGGCAUCUCUCUAGGUGGGUGUCCCCCCCCACACAUUAGCAUUAAUCCUAAUGAUAGUCAAAUAGUCGCGUAUCAUGAAUUAACAGGUAGUGAUGGACGACCCCUCUUUGAAAGGGUACCCACGUUUAAGUCGCAUUAUAGUAACUCCAUAGACAAGGACAGUGCUCUAAAAUUACUAAACGAGCUAAAGUACGAACUUAGAAAUGUGUACAACGAAAUACGAUCUUUAAAGAGGCAUGACAGUUACUACCUAUCCAGUGGAGAUAACGGAGAGGCGGGAACCUCCCUAGAAUUGGUGAACCCCAAUGAUGACCACGGGGAGGAUUAUGCUGCUGUUCCGUCAGAUCUGGGUGCAGUUUCGAAUAGGAAGAUAAAAACGGCAGACGAAACAUCCCUCUUAAACGAUUUUUUAUACAGCCAAAGUGAAAGUUGCAACCCGUUGGUGAAUGCACACACACGGGAUUACUACCCUUGCGCGAGUAAAAAAAAUGGAAAAAAGAUAAAGAUAAAUCUGAAGAAGCAAAAUGAAAUACUUAACAGUCUCAUAAAUAGCAACAUCUGCUCCAAAGAACAAGUCAAUAAAGACAUUAUCUAUGACUUGAAGUACACAGAUGAUAUUUUCAAGAAGCUUUUAUUUUUAUGUCGUAAUUUUUACACCAAUUUAUCUGACUAUAAGGACUAUGCUUUGGAGUCGUUUCACCAAAAUGAAGUAGACUUAACUAAUUUGAGUGAACACAACACUUUUAGCUACAUGGAAAAUCAGCCAUUCUUUUCUAAAAGGCCACUGCUCCCGAGUGGAGAAUUGCUACCUCAGGAGGAUUUUCCAGCGGGGAAGUACCAACUGGAGGUUAGCGACUCCCCCUUGUGCGACGAAAAUGGAGAUGUUGACUCGCACACUAUUGAGAAGGUGAGUGGCCUCCCCUUCAAAGCGGAAGAUCACACGUUAAAUGUGGCUCCAGUCAUGGGCAGCGGCGAUGGGGACCACGGCGUUAACUCGGGCGAGGAGACUCUUCUGAGUGACGAGCAAGUGGGAUCAACGAACUGCGCAGAGGUCGCCAACCGCGCGAACUACGCGAGGUACACAAAUUUGACAGGUGCCUCCCUGUAUAAUGCGUCAGACAGCUCCAACCCAAACAGUCAGGACGGCCUCCAUGGAAGGAGCCCCUCCUGGGUGAAACUACCGAUGGAGAAGAAAGAAGAUAAAGAAGGUGCAAACCAGGUGGAUGCCUUUUUUGCCAAAUUCGAUGGCAAGGAAGAACGGAUAGAAGCUUAUGGAGGAGAGACCCCCCAAAGUGCGAUUUUGCAGAUGGGUGAAAUGGACAGCUACGCAGCUGGCGCUUGCACGGGUAGAAACGGAGGCGUACGUUAUAGCCCUUCUUUCUUAAAAGCCACUAAUUCGAAUUAUGCACAAAUGGAAGUAGGCUUCGGUAACGUCGCGGAGAAUGGGGGGGAGAAUGGCGUGGACUGUGAUGCGAACUGUGGCCCGGACAGUAAUGCUGUGCAUGCCUCGCCAGAAACGCUGUUUAGUAACACACAAAGCGCACUUCACUAUAGUUACCCUAAUCAGCAACAUGGUGGCGAUGGCUACAGCGACGUAAGAAGUCUACCCUUUAGGGAUACAUCUCAUGUCAAUUCGGAACACCCAUAUGUGGAACGUGCACCAGUCUCUGAAGGGGUUGCUGUCAGUCUGGAUGAUCCAUAUGUAUUGGUAAAAAAUACGGAAGAGCUAACCAGGCAGGGAAAAUAUAUGACCAAUUCCUACGUGCAAAACGAUGUGAGGAGAGCUGAAAAUUGUAGUUACCUUUUAAGCAAUGCACAGAAUGUGUGCUAUCCAAAUGAGGAGAAUUUGCCAAUAGACUUUGAAAACACCGAAGGGCUAGUCCGUAACGAUUGUGCCAAGUAUGAGCAGUGUCUUCCCAACGCAUAUGCUGUUGACACGAAUGGGAAUAUGAGAAGUGGUGAUAACUUCCAAAGGUUCAAUACCCCAAUGGCCAGGUGCCUAAAUGCUGAUGGGAGCUACGUUGGAGGGGAUGUAAUGGCGAAUUGUCUCCACGUGCCCCAUUCCCCAUACCAUAAAAACCAACCGUUCGGUAUGUCCAGAUGUGUUGGUGCGAAUGGGUUCGCGGUCAGAGAUACGGAUUCAUCGAACCAUAACGGAAUAAACAGAAACGUAUGUUACUACACGGAUGGGAGUGCACUUCCCAGUAUGCUUAACUACCAGGGGGCACAGAAUAGUUUCCAAAACAGCACCGGUGAGAACGAAAUGGCAAGUGACCAAUUUGCAACCAAUGGGGCAACAAAUAAUUUUAUGAGUGUCAAUGAUGCAGGGAUGAUUAACCAGUUUUCCUUUGCUGAUGAGCAAGCGAUAAACAUGCACCGCGUGGAUAAUCUGCCCCAGGGUACUUCCACCUACCGACUCAUAGGGCAGAAAAACACGUUUAAAGAUGGCCUCAACGAAGGGGAAAACUUCACAGAAAAAAUGUACAACCAUAAUGGUAACUACUUUAAUAAUAUCAAUUUGAGAGACACUACAGAAGAUGUCUCAGAUAAUGAAACGAACAGUGGAGGAGGCAAUCACAUCUUGGGAGAGGAUGAAAAUACCUUUGAUGGGGGUUCCUCAUACUUUUUAAAGAAUGGCCUUAUCACGAAUGACAUGUCUUCUGACCAUUGGAAGCUCACGUCAAACUUUGCAAACAAGCUAGAGGGAGUGAAGAGCGAAUCGGGGAAUGGAGAAGAGAUGCACGUACGCAGCAAUGGUGAAAAGAUGAACAUAUGCAACAAUGGAGAACACAUCAACAUAUGCAACAAUGGAGAACACAUGAACGUGUACAACAAUAGAGAACACAUGAACGUGUGCAACUUAAAGGGAGGAGAAAUGAUGAGGAAUAAUAGCCCACCCGAGGCUCACACAUCCCCCGAAUCUCCAAAUGAGUACCCAAACAGGACAGACGAUCGAAGAGAUCACAAUUUGACCAAUGAUGCCAAUAAAAUCAAGCUAAAAAAAAUGCUCGAAAUUACUGAUAAGCUAAUUGGGAAGAAAUACAGAGGGAUAUCUUACGACCCCACCAGAAAUGGAUGGUCAACCUUUGUAUAUAAAGAUGGCGUUAGGAGGAAGAAAUUUUUUUCCUCUUAUAAAUACGGAAACCUAUUAGCUAAAAAGAAGUCCAUAGAAUGGAGACUAAAAAACUUAAGUCCAGAUUCACAUGCGUAUGUGUUUUCUCUAAAAGCGAAAGAAGAAUUUAAUGCCAUUUUGAAUGAUGGCUAUGCAGAUAUCAACAAUGUUAACUGUGACAGUAGGGAUGGGGGAAACGACGGGGAUAGCUCCAACAAUAGGGACAUACUCUAUGUGAAUGCUUUUAUCAACCUUUUUAAUAGCUCUGCAGGAAGGAAGAAAGAUGAGCCGAAUGGGGCGAAUGGGCCGAAUGAGCCGUUGUGCCAAAUGGAGAAAUCGUCCUAUGAAGAAUGUGCCGAGGAGCUUACUAGGGAAGGCACACAAGAUGGAAGUGGACCAGGCAGUAGUGAGCUCGCCAAGGGGCUCGGCGAGGCGAAUUACAAAGAUGGAGGAGCGCUUAGGGGAGACAUCGAUGGACACACUGAUGAGGGAAGUAACGACAGCAAUGGAGGGAGUAAUGAUGGAAGAAAUGGUGCACGCAAUUAUGGGAAGAAUGGUGGAAGCAAGGAUGCCCGCUUGAAUGGCUGCCAUGACCCCAAUGCCAGCAACAUCGAUCGGGAAACCCCCUGCGCAAGCCAAGAGAGGAAAGAAUGUAACAAAAAAAAUUACCAGGGAAAUAAUUCAAUGGCACAGAGUACCCAUCUGAGUAGCCACUUGUGCGAUGAGGCAGAUGGCUGCCUACCCCCGAAUGGUGAUUUAUUCCUCUAUAAAAAUUACUGUUCGAUACUACUAAAUGAGGAGGAAGCCUCGAGAAUGGAAGCAGCAAAUGGGUCCACCUGCGAAAGUGGGAAAAAUGGGCUGAAUGGACUAAAUGGGCAAAAUGGAAAACUGGACAACUUAAAUGACAGCGCGGAGGAGGAGACGAAAUCGACGCGAGGAGAGAUCCUAGAUCAGACAGCGCAUUUCCAAAUUGUAAAUGGAGAAAACCAAGAAGUGAUGAUUUUUCCGCAUGCAAAUGAUGUGUCCCCUCCACAUUGUGGCGCACUCCCCAGGGAGGGGCUAGACCCUCGCCUGGCCAAUGGAGAUAACUGUGCAGUUACGCCAUGUGGAAAUAGGAAAAAGAGAAAAAGGCACAUCAUAAAGGGUGAAGGGAGGAAGCCUAUAGGGGAAGGCGAACCCAUUAUGUCUCCGACCGCCAAACCAAACGUGACAGGAACGGGCGAACACUUCACUAGUGCGUACAUCGCGCGAGAUGCUUCAGAGGCUGGUUGUAGCGACACCUCCAGCAGUGACCUGUACGGAAGUGACACCGGCAGCUGUGAUGGUAGGAGCCAUGGCCCACUCCAUGGAGACCGGAGUGAUGACAAGUUCAAAAGGUGGAUCGACAGUUGCCUGAUUCAUUCGAUGGAGGAAAGCCACCCCUCGUUUGAGCAAGAAGAGAGUACCUGCAAAAAUGACACAGCCAGGAAGGACAACUCAAAGGAGACCCUUAAGUACGUAAAUAAAUGCAUAUCAAAGAAUGACCAUUUCCAACGUCUUACUUGUGGCAGCGGAGGGAACGAUAACAACAGCGUCCAUAUGCCUUAUAAUAACGUAGGGUGUUACCCAGAUGGGAAUUGUCUGACCAGUGGGCAGCCCCUUCUAAACGGUGUAGCUUCCACUCGUGAAAAGAGCCUUAUAAAGACAUUUCAUCCGGUGGAAUGUAAGAGCAUUCCACAGGAGCAGCUGGUGAUCGAUGGGAUUGUUAAUAGGGCAGAACCACAGCACAUGGGUGGAGGGAAGGACAAUAGUUUCAUCUCUGGGGAGAUAACCCGUUUGGUUGGAUUUAGCCAUCAAAUGGAGAAGCAGUUUAUGUAUUCGAGUGAGGAAACUGAAAGGGGGUCCCCGAACGUGCUGGAUUGUAGCUUGAGAGGUGACUCCGGUAGGGGCGCGAAUCAAAAUGAAUCUCCAAAUGGGGUGCAAGACUGGACCCCCAAUGGUAUCACUGAGGAACGGGCAGCCCAUCAUAAGGGAGACCUCUUCCUGGAGAAUAAAGACACAAGUGAUAAAAAUUGUUUACUUUACAAAGAUACCCUACUAAGGUAUAUGAACGAGUGUACCUGCACGGGGGAAGAAGAAAAAAGUGUUUUCCUCCAAUUUUUGAGAUUAACCCCCGAGUGGGUUCUCCUAGAAUUAGACGAAUUGGAAGAAAUGUAUCAUGGCUAUUUUAGGAACAAAAUUGAAUCAUUUUAUAAAUCCUACUUAGUUAAGAUAAGCAGUCAGAAUAGUAGUACCCUUAGGGAGGUACCCGAGGAAGGGUCCUGUCGCUCAACCAGUGGCAUCCCUCCGAGACGCAGCGAAUAUAUUAGAGAACUUCAACUCAUUUUUGAUAAAAAAUUGAGUACCCUCUGGAAAUGCAUGAUUUUCCCCAUAGAUUUCCUCUACAUAUUAAACUACAAAAUUUUUAGAAUCUUAAAAACGAUGAAUAAGAACAAGGUUAAAAGUGCCAAACAAGAGAAAGACAAACAGUUCAAGUGUACGUUGAAAGGAGUCAAUUUCGUCAAGUAUAAAAGCGCAUGGUGUUUUACUUACGUAGACUUGGAUGAUAAAAAGAAGGAAAAACUAUUUCCUAUUAAUGACUACGGCUUUAUGGAAGCAAAAACGUUAUCCAUUUUGUGCAGAAAAAGCUUUGUUCUCCAUUUAACCAAAAUGUAUACCUUUUUGAAAAAUGUCUUAUUAAGAAAUAAAGCCGAAUCGGGGGGAACGAUAACUAAACUGAUCAAUCCCAAGUCAAUAAAUAAUUUCAUCGAUUAUUACAAGAAGUAUGAAGAGUUCCUUGUCUGCUAUGGAAAAAUCGUCUACUUCAAUGAAAGCAAAAAUGUAUUUCUGACAUCGAAGAACAAGCGGGAUCCUCUGAAUUAUGUGCCUUUCGAAAUCAGACAUAAAAUGUCUGGCGAAAUAGAACCCUUAAAUUUAAUAACUGCAACGCGAAAUUAUUUUUCCAAAAAAUCACAAAUGAUUAAGUUUCCCAAAGGGAUAGUCUAUCUGUCUGGCUACUUCCUAUGGGUUCUAUUAUUCCUCAAUCAUAAUAAUAAAGAAGUAAUUAUCUCCUUCUCCGCUCGGAAGUACUCUUUCGAAACAGCCAAAGCUAAAUGCUUCCAGUGCUACUACUUCUUACUCUAUAAGUAUAGGUUCCGCCCCAUCAACAUAUCAGGCGUUGUAGACCUUAUCCUGGAGACCGAUUUAGAGUGUAAAAGUUACAACCUUCUGGAUUACGAAGCGGAAGAGAUAAUGCCGCUGGAUUGUUUGUUCCAUUUUUUUGCCCCUUCAAAUUAUGUGCUUCAGAAUGGGGUUAUUUAUAAAAGGCUUCUUCUUAAUCGGCAUGUUCGUGAGGGGGACCUGUGGAGGGAGCAAUACGACUCGCUAUUCCCCAAUGAGUAUGUCUCCUUGGACAACUUCCAAACGUACGAGAUUGAGGACGACUACCUGGUGGCAGUGAAUGAGGUGCAUGGGAAUUUGGGGCCCAAUGCAUCGGUGGAGGUUCCACUGAACGGGUACAUGAACAGCGAGGGGGAAGGCUAUACUGAGGUGAACCUACUUAACGAUGCAGAGGUGGCUAUUGGGCAGAGGCAGUACUACUCCCCGUUUGAGUUCCCCUCCCUGCGCCAGGAUCAGCGUGACUGCUACCCGUACAAUCUAAUAGAACAUAGCGAAGGUAAUGAGUGCCCAGCCCCGAAGCAUCGGCACUCAGGGGACGACUUGCUGCUUUAUCACGACAUGGAACAGGCGAAGAAGGACAUCCCCCUUGACUUUACGGACGACGAAAAUGGAAAAUCGAUACGUCUGAAAAGGAGGGAUAUCUACCUGGGGAAAAGUGUCAAACGGGGGAAUUACACAAAUUUGGAUGGCUCACCGGAGGAGGUGGACGCCGUCCACUGCGAGGAGUACCACCUUCGCACUGACAAUGAUGGGAGAAGCGGUAGUAGCGGUAGUAGUGGUAGUAGCAGUAGUAACCGUAGUAACGGUGGCGAUGAGAAAGCGGCUCGAGAACUAGGGGCAGACCAGCAGCAGGAGCAGAAGGAGAAGGAGAGAAACCAUGGGACAUAUGACCCAAGUAGUCAACAUAACGAAAACUUCACAAUGUGCCGAAGCGAGAGAGUAGGAAUGACCAGCUGGGGGAUGCACCUCACGUGUGGAAAUUCAAACGUGAGGAGUCUCCGUGGGGGGCAGAACAUCGAAGAGGACCACGAAAGGGGAGAAGAUCAUCCCACAGUGAAUGCUGGAAAUGGAAGGGCACCAAACGGACAAGUCAGUUCGGAUAGCAUCGAGAGGAGUAACGACGAGGAAAGUGAUUACCAUUUGGAAAAAAAGGAACAGAAAAAAGGAGGCAUCAUUGGACAGAACUUAAACACAAGGGAGUGCAGCAACGAUGAGCAAAGUACACAAGGAGGUAGACAAGAGACUUUUCUAAAGAACGCAGAGUACUACUACAAGGACGUCUGGAAUAAAAACAUUUUUCACUUCUUCGAUAAUAACAUACAGGAUGAAUAUUUAAAAAGGAAUUAUAAUUCCCUGUUUAACAAUGAGGAGGAGAAAAAUGUGGUGUUUAAAAAAAUCGUCGAAAAGGAAGAACACAUAGGAAUCUUCCUAAUGCUUAAUUGCCAGUGGCUUUCAGACUCCUUUGUACAUAACAUAAAUCAGAUCGAAACGAAGUAUGCUGAUAUUUAUUCCUUUGAAAACUAUCUCAAUACACGUGAAGAGGUCCUAAAUUGGAAGUGUGAAAAGAAUUUUAUUAAAGACUGCGCUGAUAUUGCUAAGAAAUGUCCUCGAGUUGUUGGCGUUCAUUAUGAUACACAUGCCCAUGCCUGGGUCGUCAAUUGUACCUCUAAUGGGAAGAGACGGGAUAAAAAAUUUUUGGUGAAAACGUUUGGCUUUUUGCAGGCGAGGAAGAUGGCUAUCGCCCACAGGGAGAAGUGGCAGCAGCAGCGGGCCCUCCACCUGGCGAGGAACGUCAAUGGGAAGGGCGCGUCUCGCGUGGAGACGCAUCAAAUGGGAAUAAAUGAUUAG